UUUACGAGUGCCUGCUAAUUUAUCUCUGUGAGACAAUGAAAUCACUGAGACCUUCCCUCGAAGAGCAAAGGGGCCGAAGUGUUUGAUGUAUUUCUGGUUGUUUCACCUCCAAGUACAGUAUACCAACCGAACCGCGUGUGGCGAGAAGAGUGGGUAUGAAUUCAAACUAUGCCUUAAAGCAGAAGACAUGACAUGCUGACGUAAAGAUGCUGACGGAAACGAUGUUUCAGCACUGCAGUCAAUCAUUUCAUUGUGACAGUUAAGGGAACGAGUUUUCAUUCCUUGCCAGAAUCUUUCAGUUUGACGGCAUAUUACUCAGUCACAGAAUAAUUCAAGAAAGCAAUUACAUGAGACGCAUCCUCAUUCAAGUUCUGCCCUGAGCUUUCAUUCACGAUCAGUCGAGAUCUCAAAGUGGUUCUUUAUCGGUCCAGGUGUCGAGUUGUUUCGAGGCGUUGGAUAUAAACAAACAGCUCAACUCAUACAAACUUGUGGGAGAUCACAUUGUGCGAAGAACUUCUUGCCAACCAAAUCGGUAACAGCGCUGUUGUGAACAUGGUUUUCGCCUCCGAUAUCGAUUUGGCAGGGCUUAUAGGUGUCGGAUUUCAAACCCUAAUUUAGAAGUAAAAGUUACAGGAAACAAAUUUAACACCCUGAGAAAGGAAGCGAACAUUUGGACGACUCACGGUGUAACCAUAGAGACGACCUAUCACCGAAUUUUUUGGAGAAUAUUUGACGCAAAUCCGAGGAUGUUUUAAGAGUAUUCGCGGUUCCGUUCGUCGAGGUUGGAAGUCUCGCUUAACAGAGAGAAAACAAACACGAACUUGAACAUCGAUAACAAAGGUGUUUCACUGUGAAAUUAGUGACGGUAAAUCGGAAUUCGUGCACAGCUUUGGCGAUGGUCUAAGCAAUAUGAAGAAUGGGGCGCCGAGAUAAAAUCGUGUAAACUUUUCGCUGAAUCAAUCGAUCGCUAUAGAGAAUUGAGUUUGACAGCUAUUCAACAGUAUUUUGACGCUAAAUGCUUGACAAUCAGUUGAACAAUACAACAGGCUGUAUGAAAGCAGCCGCGAUGUCUUCUGAGGACUCGCGUUCGCCAGUGGCCAUCGCCAUACAGGCUGCCUUCAUGCUCAUCAUAAUUCUUUCUUCCCUGGUGGGCAACACACUAAUUGUGCUCGCCAUGUAUCGAAAUAUCAGCCUUCGAAGCAUCACCAGUGUGUUCAUAGCAAAUCUUGCUAUGGCGGACUUUCUUCUGGCCCUUCUGGGAAUGCCAUUCACCAUGGCUUCGUCCAUCACGUACGACUGGGUUUUCGGGAAAGUAUGGUGCACCAUAAACGGCAUGUUCAACUCUAUCUUUUGCAUCGCUUCAAUGCUCUCUCUUGCAGCAGUAUCCAUUGACCGAUACGUUGCAAUCAUCAAGCCACUUCAGUAUCCUUUGAUAAUGACCUCCCGCCUUGCCUUCUGUAUGAUAUCAUAUGUUUGGUUCCACGCAAUCAUUCUCUCCUUUUUGCCCGUUUUUGGCUGGUCCACGUACAUCUACAUUGCAAACGAGUCGAUCUGCACUGCAAACUGGGGGUUAGACAUCCCUUACACCUUAUUUAUCUUUGCGUCGAGUUUUUUUGCUCCAUUUAUGGUGAUGGCUUAUUGCUAUUAUCAUAUUCUUCGUGCGGCGAGAAGGCAAUCCAAGACAAUUGUUCCACGUGUCGGAGAACUUAAAGAUGAGACACUGCAAACGAUGGUGGCUGUACCGGUGGCUUUUGGAACUGAAAAGGGAAAAGUUUCGGAUCCUCCGUCUUCAGCCGCGGAUAAAGCCAAAGAAAGGGAGGCAAAGGAGAAGUUUAACAGAGAAACACGGGCCGCGAAAACGCUUCUAAUAGUGAUGGGCACCUUCUUUUUUUGCUGGGCACCUCACUUUAUUGGAAUGAUUUGUUUACUUUUUCCAAGCUGCAAUUGGCCUGAUGCUUUCUUUGCGACUACAACAUGGCUGGCUAUGUUGAACAGCGGGUGCAAUCCAAUUAUUUAUGGCGUGAUGAACAAAAAAUUCAGACAGAGUUUCAAAGAUAUACUUAUGUGUCGGAAAAGAACUAACAGGAACUAUAGUCAUAGGGAGAUGAGUAGUUCUUCGUGACUGUUGUUCGUCGGCUAUUCAUGCCAAGCAAGGAGUUUGUCGAUCACACACUCAAAUAAAAAUGGGAGCAAAACCUUUGCAGGUUAUUCGAUACUGUAUACCCCUUUCGGUUUCGUGUGUAUUCUGGUUGUUAUGACAGGUGUCGUAACUUGAGUAUCAGGAAAAAAAAAAAACCUUUCUGGUAAAGACCGAUGAAAAUUUGUCUACACUUACUAAAGUUAGCUUUGUUGACAGAAGAUAAUUCGGCUUAUCAUCAGAGGAAAGGAGAUUUUUCCACGACAAUGGAGUUUUACUCCAGUCCGGAGACGGAUACUGAGGCAAGCAUAAAUAAGUAGAAUCUUUGCCGAAGGCUAAGCUUAAAAAUUAGGCAUUGAAAGUCACAUUUGCAUACAAUGUUGUUAGCCUUUGUCUGAUUAACAGUAAAGCCUUUCAGCAUGUGUCUAAUAACAGAAAAAAAAAACUCUCGAGGACCACCGGUUCUCCAAGGGAAAGUCAAUUUCGCAAGGAAGAAAAAAAAAUUGUUGACUCCUUAUCGUGUUCUUCAUUUUCCCUUUUCGCAAUUUCCGGAAAAUUACAGUUCUCUUCAAGAAUGACGAUAUU